GUGACCCCAAGUGCAGGAAUUACAGGACUCGUAGAAAGGUAUGGAUGAAGCAGUGGGAGCGAUGUGUGGGACAUGCGCAGGCUAACGGUUCUACGGCUGCGAUGAAGCCCCACGCUGCUAUGGUAUUUUGGUGCUGUUAGUAGCAGGGGUAUUAUGGCAACCUCUUAGUUGCAAAUCUACUUUGGUUUGACUGCAGGAUUCCGUCCCUUGAUGCACCUUCUCUAAGUUUCCUUGACAAUGCUCAAACUUCUUUCGUGUCGCAAUUUUUUCUCGGCAGCUCCGCUAAUUGGAAUGAUCCACGCAGCAUCGCAUUCACCAUUUCUCACCUACAAUGCUGCCUAGAUGAGCGUACUAUGCAUAGCUGGUACAUAAACGGUUCAUUUCCUUCAGAACCUACUUUCCGCAUUUAGGGUUUCAUCUGUCGAUUACGUCUGCUGAUUCCAACCGCUGUUUUCACCAGCCAAUUUCAUCAGUACCGUCAGACAUUCUCAGACAUUCUCAGACAUUCCCGGACAUUCCCAGACAUUCCUAGACAUUCCCGGACAUUCUAAGACACUCUCAGACACUCAUGGACACCACUCAGGAGUUCUCAGACUAGCGACAAUGUCGAAGCGGAUGGACCCUCGCAGGCAGAGCCUCGGCAGCGGCACCGAUCUCCGCCGUUCCAGAUCUAUCGGCGGAGCUUCCCAAUCUAUGGACUUCAAGAACCUCCAUUCCGCCGCUUCCGCCGCUCCUUCCGCGCGCCAACCGCCGCAGUUCCACCCGCAGCAAGCCGCUCCCCCCCGCGGCCGGCUGAACCGGUCCGUCAGUCAAAAAGCUGCCGGCGACGUGACGUUAACGGCGGAAGAGCUGGCGGAGAUGGAGCAGGAAAUGGUUAAGUCUAAGACCAAAGUCAUGGCGUGGUUUACCAAGUCGGAGUCGGAAGGCUCGCCGAUCAGCGCUCCGCCGCCCGCCGCCUCCCCCUUCGGGGACGUCGGCGGACUCGAGGUGCCCUCCGUGGGGAAAAAGGGGCUUCCGCCGAGGCGGGGGGAAGCCGCGCACGGCCCGCCUCCGCACGGGAAGCCGCCCGCGCCGCAGGAUCUGCGGAAAUGCGCGACGCGGGUGUUUUCGUCGCAGCACGUGCCGGAGUGGGUCGGCAAGGGGGAUAACGCGUUCCAGCGGUCGCAGUCGUGCCGCGAAAUGGGCCAAUCAGGAAGCGUUUUCAGAUCGCGUUCGAUGGAGGGCCCUGGGGCGGUGUACAACAAACCGUUAGGAGCAGGAGGGCCAGGAGGAGCAGGAGGAGCAGGAGGAGCAGGAGGGGGGUUCGGAGGAGGUUCCCCCUACGACGGCUCAGGUAAGAGGCCAGGAAUCCCAGGCGGGCCGGGUGGGAAUAAAGACCUCGCGAAGGUUCUAUCGCGGACGGAGCAAGCAGCGGAGAAAGUAAAAAUGUUACUUAACCGGCCGCCGGACCGUCGGCUCACGCGGUCGCUAAGCGCCAUGAAAAAGAACGACCGCGUUAAUCUGGACAUGGGGGGAAUGGGGGGAGCGGGGGGGAAUUACAGCCCCGGACACGUCAGCGCGUAUGGAUACGCGGGAGAGGGCAGCAGCGGAGGCGGGGGAGGAGGCGGGCGGGGGAGCAUGGGCGGAGGCACUGCUGGGGGGCGGGGAGACCUGCACUUGCGGCGAGCGUUUUCAGAAGAUAGGCGCGCGCUUAAUUCCGCGCCAAUGCCUGCUAGGGGCAGCUUUGCGCCGCCAGGGGGGGGUAUGGGCGCGCGGAGGGGGGAGGAUCCGCGCCAGCGAUUCCUUCCCCCCCGCGGACUGGGGCAUUCGGGGGACAACAGCCCUAGCCAGUCCCCCGCGCGCCCGCUGGGGGGGAGCGCCACGUCAGCGGCGCGUCAACAGUAUAGAAGUGACGAUGAUGGGCGGGGGAGUCAGGGCUACGAUGAUUAUCAGAGGAGCCCGUCCCCUGAUAGGCGGGGGAGGGGAGGGGGGAGAGGAGGGGGGGAAAGAGAGGAAAGGGCAGGGGGUGGAGGGAUGCGAAAGAAUGGGUAUGAUGACUAUGAGAGGGGUCGAGGAGGUAGGGAUGAUGAUUCGAGAUCGGGAUCGUCCGAUGAUGAUGACGAUGGGGGUCGGCGACGGAGAUAUGAUGCUGAUGACGGGAGAAGGAGGAGGGAUGAAGAUGAUGGUAGGAGGAGGGAUGAUGGUGAUGGUGAUGGUGAUGGUGAUGGUGAUGGGAGGAGGAGGGGUGAAGAUGGUAGGAGGAGGAGGGAUGAUGAUGGCUAUGAUGCGAGGGGGUCCAGGAGAGGUAGGGAGAGGGAUCCAGAGAGGGAGAGAGAUGGAGAAAGGGACAGGGACAGGGACAGGGGGUGGGAUGAGGGGAGGGAGCGGGAGAGGGGCAGAGACUGGGAGACGGGAAGGGACAGGGAUAGGGGCAGGUACGAGGAGGCGGAUGAGGGGGGAUUGCCCUAUGAGCUGGAGGGAAGGCGGUCGCGAGAGGGCGCCGGGGAAUGGGGGAGAGGGGACCCUGGGGGAGCGGAUGGAGGUGGGGGGAAUGGAGGGAGGGGGGUUGCGGGGAGGGGGGAUGGCGGGAGAGGGGAUGUGGGGAGGAGGGCUGGGGGGAGGGGGGAUGGGGAGAGAGGGGAUGGGGGGAGAGGGGAUGGGGGGAGAGGGGUCAGGAGUCCAACAGGGGGAUCCGGGUGGGAGAGGAGGGAGGAGGAGAGGAGGGAUGCUGGGCGAGGAGGGGAGUGGGAGGGGGGCAGAGGAGAGGAGAGGGUUGAUGGGCGCGGGGAAGAGUACAGUGAGGAGGGAAGUGGAGGAGAGAGGGAGGGUAAUUACGUGGAGUGUGACUAUGUUAAGGGUGAUUAUAACGAGCGGGAGAUGGGUCAAGAUGUGCAUGGUGAUGGUGAUGCGUAUGAUGGGUAUGAGGAGAGAGGGCGGGGUAUUGGGGCGCAUAGUGGGGAGGGGAUGGAGAGAGUGAGGGAGGAGGAGGAGGAGGAGGAGGAAGAGGAUCAGGUAGGAUAUGGGGAUGGAAGACAGGAGAGGGGAGAUGGUGGUUACCACAAUGACGUCACUGCUGAGCUGGCAGCAGAUCCUCAUGAGUACGCUGAUGACGUGGCAGCUGAUUAUCACGGCUCUUCUAGCGAGAGGUAUAGAGGGCACGGAGAGGCUUAUAACGAGGAUGGGCCGGGGCAUACCGAUUACAGUAACGAAUCACAGGAUUAUAGAGAGGAGAACAGGGGCCACUUUGCUCCUGGUGGUGAUGGUGCUUAUAAUGCUGGUGACUAUGAUGGUGAUGAUGGGAGGGGGUAUGGCAACCAGCAUGUGGCUCAUGGGGGGGAGGCAUAUAUUGAUGAUGAUGGAUAUGAGGAUGGGGGGGACAGGCAUGCUGCUCGGCAUGUGGAUGACAGUGGGGGAUAUGGAGAUGGUUACAGGGGCGCCACUGAUGGUUACCAGGAUGGCUACUCUGGUGGACAUGGUGGUAACCAUGAUGCGGAUGAUGGUUACAAUGGUGCCGGCAAUCAUUUCCAUGGUAACAUCUCAUCCAAGCACGCCUACGCAAACCAUUCUCCCCAGCACUCCCCCCAGCAACGGUCUGCUAGCUAUUCCCCCCAGCAGCCAUGCGGCAGUUUUUCACCUCAAAACCCGUCUGGUGUCUAUUCCCCGCAACAACCAUCUCAUCGUUCCUCCCGGCAGUCACCACUGCAGCAGCAGCAGCAGCAGCAGGGAAUGGCUAGGUCACCUUUUGAGGCGCCUCAAAAGUCUUCCAGCCAAGGACAGAAAUUGAGAUCCCCUUCUCAACACCAGCAGCAGCAGCCGCAUCCGCAUCAGCAUCAGCAUCAGCAGCGAGUGUCCCCAUCGCAGCUGUCCCCUUCAAGCAACCACCAGCACCACAUGCUGCCACAGCAGCAGCAGGCCAGAAUCUCCUCACCGCACUCGCAGCAGCACUUACAGCACAACCAGCAUCAUCAUCAGCAGCAGCAUCCCCCCUCCUUGGCUCCAGGCCACACCAGAACCACCUCAUACAGCAGUGGCGUUGCUGCUGCUGGUGCUUCUGGUGCUGCUAGUGCCACAGGGCGCUCUCCCAUUGGCCAUGCCCGAUCCAACUCCCAGAGCUCACCAAUCACGAGGGGACACGUGGCACCAGGAGGAAGAGGGGGGGAUGCACCAGCAGGAGCGGCAGCAGCAGGAGCGGCACCUGGCGUGUCCCCGUCUGGGCGGUCCAGGUGGCGGAAUAUCCUUGGCCGGCCGCUGGACAGCUUUGCCGCCCGGUUUGAGCUGACAGGGGAGGUGCUGGGGAAGGGGUACUUUGGCGAUGUGGUGGUGUGCCGAUCAAUAGAGACUGGGGAGCAUUUCGCGUGCAAAGUUGUUAACAAGGGGAAUGUGAAGACCCCAGAGGACGCCGAGGACGUGCAGAACGAGGUGGCAGCUCUGGAGGCACUAAGGGGCCACCGGCACAUAGUGCAGCUCAUAGAGACAGUGGAAGAUGCGGAGACCGUCUACUUGGUGAUGGAGCUGUGUGAGGGAGGAACACUGCAGCACGCAGUGCGAGAGCAAGGGCCGUUCAACGAGCCCCAGGCAGCAGCCGUGGUGGCAGCAGCGGCAGAGGCGCUGCUACAGUGCCACUCGAGUGGCAUCAUCCACAGAGAUAUGAAGCCGGAUAAUAUCCUGCUCAUGGAGGAUUUGGACGUUUCUGGGGGAGGCGCACCUGGGGACGUGAAGAUCUGCGACUUUGGGAUCUCCACCUUCUUUCAGCCAGGCACCUCCUGCUCUGAGAUCGUGGGAACGGCCUCCUUCCUCUCCCCUGAGAUGCUCGCCCAGACCUACUCCUGCCCCACCGACGUCUGGAGCCUGGGCGUCGUGCUGCACCUGCUGCUCUCGGGCUUCCUCCCCUUCCGUGCGCCAACCAAAGAGGCCGUCUUUGAGGCGAUUCUGGACGGCAGACUGGAUUUCCGGGCGGCGCCGUGGCCCAUAGUGUCGCUAGCUGGCAAGGACCUGGUUUCGAGAAUGCUGACAGUUGACCCGGAUGAACGGAUCACAGCAGUGGAGAUUCUGAGCCACCCCUGGAUUCUUGACCCUUGACAUGCUACAGUGGAGUGGCAUGACAUGAACAGUAACUCAUGUCGACUUUAGCAGCGAACUGUUGCUGUGAACAGCACUGAUGGAUGGCUGACAGGAGCUGCAGUCUUACAGAAAGGGCUACACAAAUUGUACCAUAUAGUAUGAUAUUUUCUAUGUAACACGAGGCAGUUGGGUAACAUAGUCACGUUGCUUGUUAUGAAUGGGACUGCCGAGUAGCGCGGAGGGCAAUGGCGAAACUGUGAAGGAGUGAAUGACAAUAAAAUGAAAGACAAUAC